UGUGUGUGUGUGUGUGUGUGUGCACGCGUGUGUGUGGUGUGAAAGGCAGGCAAACUUUCUGCUGAUGACAGUGACUGUCAUCGGUCCCCCACAAUGGUGCCGGACAACAAAACGGGCCGCCGAGUCAGCAUGACUUGUGCGCAGAUAAGCAGCGUGACCUUUGACCCCUGCAUCAUGCUCCAAACAGCUCCCAGCCAAUGAGAAGUCAAGAUCCUGCCUCUAUAGACUCAGGCUGGUUGUGAAUGUAUAUAUAUAUCCCCGCUCACAAGGCCGGCGUCCAUCACUUUCUCCAAAGGUCGGUCCGUUUCAGCCUGCAAUUGUGGAAAUAACAAAGCACCAGUGGAUGUCCUGGCAAAUCAACAGAAGGAAAUCCACUUUGAGGACAGAAUCAGAUGAAACAAAGGAUUUGAGCAUGCAGAACAGUAAAAUAUCUGAUCAUGUCUCACUCAGGUGCUCAGGGCAGUAUUGGCAGCCACUCUGCCAUCGGGCUGCGCAAUCACAAGAUAUACCUCUAUGAAUUCGAGAACUUCCAAGGCCGCAGGAUGGACCUGUUUGGUGAGAGCCGUAACCUGUGUGAGAAGGGUUUCGAGAGAAUCGGCUCCAUCAGGGUGGAGUGUGGACCCUGGGUGGGUUAUGAGCAGCAGAACAUGACCGGUGAGAUGUUCAUGCUGGAGAAGGGAGAGUAUCCCCGCUGGGACACCUGGUCCAACAGCUACAGGUGUGACCGCUUCAUGUCGGUCAGGCCCGUCAGGAUGGAUCCCCAGGACCACAAGAUUUGCCUGUAUGAGUGCCCAAACUUUGAGGGUCGUAAGAUGGAGGUGUGUGAUGAGGAUAUCCCAAGCCUGUGGUCUUACGGCUUCCAGGACCGUGUUGCCAGCAUUCAGGUCACCGGCGGAACCUGGGUGGGCUACCAGUACCCCGGCUACCGUGGCUACCAGUACGUGUUUGAAAUGGGACCUUACAAGCACUGGAAUGACUGGGGAGCCCACCACCCCCAGAUCCAGUCCAUCCGCAGGGUGAGGGACAUGCAGACACACCGCAGGGGCUGCUUCGAGAUGACUGCAUAGAGAGGAGUCCAGCAGACUGUGGGCUAACAGGAGGGAAUAGCAAAGGGGCCAGGCUUGCAAUGCUGCUUACCAUCCCCCGGAAAUUCUUCAACGGCCAAUUAGCCACACAAGCUAACGGCUUUUGAAUAUUGUUAGUGCUUUUACUGGUAGGGUUUGGGAGUGUGUAGCAUCGUCAGUGAUUGUCACAGACUCCCAGAGCGACUGUAACACCUGUAAAAACGGUAGCAAUGCUCUCUGUCUACAGACCUCAUGGGAAUAUGAUAUGAUUUAUCAUACUUAUGAACGCGGGAUUACAGGGGAUUAGCAAAUUUAAGUUGAUAGUUUGUGUUUAUUAGUUUGUUUCAAUGCUAUCAUACCCCUUUUUAUUUAAUUUUUAUUUUUAACCGCCUAUGUGUUUCCAGCUGAAAUGAUGCCAAUAAGCCUGUUCACCAAAAAAAAAAAAAAAAAAAAAAUGCUCUCCCUCUCCUGGGAUCCACAGGAUUUUUUUUUAGAGAGUAAAGGGAUAAACUAUAACAUCACUCCUCACAAAGUACUACCAUGGACACCUCUCAGCUCUGCACAUGCCCUGCAGUGAGUUUGCCAAGCAGAGGGAGGCACUGUCUCCUCGUCACAAAGCAAAAGGCUAAUUUCAGUGACCGGAGGAGGGCACUGGCCAGUCUGUGAUCAAACCAGAAACAGUGGCCGUGCAGGGUUGUGUUUUUGCAGAUGUGAAUAUCUUUUGGCUGGCCCUGUUUCAGCUCACUAAGGGGGCUGUCCAGGAGAUUUGCAUUGUACACUUUCUCAGGGAUGCUGGCA